GGCCGGACUGCCGAAAGCCACCGAUCCCGAGCCAGCCGCCGGAGUCGGAGUGGAGACGGGGUGUGGAGCAGGCAAAAAGCCACUGGGGGAGGCCAGUCCCGAUCAGUGCCUUCUGGCUCCAGCUUCUGAUCCCGUGCGGAGCAGCAGCCGCGGUCGCAGCCUCCGCCACCGCCUCCGCCUCCAUCGUCGUCGGGGGAGGGGCCAGCCGGACCCCGGGGUCACAGCAGAGGAAUGAGGAGAGGCGGCCGGGCCCCGCGCUCCGCCCCGGCCUAGGGCCUUGCCCCGGGAGCCGUGAGGGUAGAGGCCUGAAUUUUGAUCUAUGUCCACCCUACCUCAGCUGCCUGAAAGUACUUAAUGAUCACAUGACCCUGGACAUGGAUGCUGUCCUGUCAGAUUUUGUCCGUUCCACAGGUGCAGAGCCUGGGCUGGCCCGAGAUCUCCUGGAAGGAAAGAAUUGGGACGUGAGUGCUGCCCUCAGUGAUUUUGAACAGCUACGUCAAGUCCAUGCUGGGAACCUGCCCCCACCCUUUAGUGAAGGGAGUGGUGGCUCCAGGACCCCUGAAAAAGGGUUUUCAGAUCGAGAGUCUGCCCGCCCUCCCCGACCCACGCUGCAGCGGCAGGAUGAUGUCAUUCAAGAAAAACGCCUGUCUAGGGGCAUCUCCCACGCCAGCUCCAGCAUUGUUUCCCUGGCCCGGUCCCAUGUCUCCUCCAAUGGUGGGGGUGGGGGGAGCAGUGAGCACCCCCUGGAAAUGCCCAUCUGUGCCUUCCAGCUUCCAGAUCUCACUGUGUACAAUGAAGACUUCCGCAGCUUCAUAGAGAGAGACCUUAUUGAACAGUCCAUGCUGGUUGCCUUGGAACAGGCAGGGCGUUUGAACUGGUGGGUGAGUGUGGACCCUACCUGUCAGAGGCUGCUUCCUUUGGCAACUACUGGGGAUGGAAACUGCCUCCUGCAUGCAGCCUCUCUGGGCAUGUGGGGUUUCCAUGAUCGGGACUUGAUGCUACGGAAAGCUUUGUAUGCGCUGAUGGAGAAAGGAGCCGAGAAGGAAGCAUUAAAACGGCGCUGGAGGUGGCAACAAACACAGCAGAAUAAAGAGUCAGGGCUGGUUUACACAGAAGAUGAAUGGCAGAAGGAAUGGAAUGAGCUGAUCAAGCUUGCCUCGAGUGAACCCCGCAUGCAUCUAGGUACCAAUGGAGCCAACUGUGGUGGGGUGGAGAGUCCAGAGGAGCCUGUCUAUGAGAGCCUAGAAGAAUUCCAUGUGUUUGUCCUCGCCCAUGUGCUCAGGAGGCCCAUAGUUGUUGUGGCCGACACCAUGCUGAGGGACUCUGGUGGGGAAGCAUUUGCCCCUAUUCCCUUUGGGGGAAUCUAUCUGCCCUUGGAGGUCCCAGCCAGCCAGUGUCACCGCUCCCCUCUGGUGCUCGCCUAUGAUCAGGCCCACUUUUCUGCACUUGUGUCCAUGGAGCAGAAGGAGAAUGCCAAGGAACAAGCUGUGAUCCCACUUACAGAUUCAGAGCAUAAGCUGCUGCCCUUGCAUUUUGCUGUGGACCCUGGAAAGGGCUGGGAAUGGGGCAAAGAUGACAAUGACAACGUCCGAUUGGCCAGUGUAAUCCUGUCCCUAGAGGUCAAAUUGCAUCUGCUGCAUGGCUACAUGAAUGUGAAGUGGAUCCCAGUGUCCACUGAUGCACAGGCUCCCCUGGCACAACCUGAGUCCCCCACAGCCUCAGCUGGAGAUGAGCCCCGGUCCACUCCCGAGUCCGGGGAAUCAGACAAGGAGUCUGUUGGCAGCAGUUCCACGAGCAAUGAGGGCAGCAAGCGGAAAGAGAAGUCAAAGAGAGGUCGGGAGAAAGACAAGAAGAGAGCAGAUUCUGUGGCUAACAAACUGGGCAGCUUUGGCAAAACCUUGGGCAGCAAGCUCAAGAAGAACAUGGGAGGCCUGAUGCAUAGCAAGGGCUCCAAGCCCGGAGGGGCAGGCGUGGGCUCAGGGUUAAGCAGUGGCACCGAGACCCUGGACAAGAAGAAAAAGAACUCACUGAAGAGCUGGAAGGGUAGCAAGGAGGAGGCGGCUGGGGAUGGGCCUGUCUCCGAGAAGCCUGCAGCUGAGUCUGUUGGUAAUGGAGGGAGCAAGUAUAGCCAGGAAGUGAUGCAGAGCUUGAGCAUUAUGAGGAUUGCAAUGCAAGGGGAGGGGAAAUUUAUUUUUGUUGGAACCCUGAAGAUGGGUCACCGUCAUCAGUAUCAGGAGGAGAUGAUCCAGCGCUACCUUUCUGAUGCUGAGGAGAGAUUCCUGGCAGAGCAGAAGCAGAAGGAGGCAGAGAGGAAGAUCCUGAAUGGAGGGGUGGGGAGUGGGCCUCCUCCAGCCAAAAAGCCAGAGCCAGAUGGCGGGGAGGAGUUGCCGACUGCCCCCCUAGUGGAGUCCAAGGCUGUGGCAUUCUCUGCUGGCUACCCUGGGGGCUUUACUAUCCCUCGGCCUGCUGGGGCUGGAGUCCAUUGCCAGGAACCCCGGAGGCAGCUCGCAGGGGGUCCUUGUGGGGGGGGCCUGCCGCCAUAUGCCACUUUCCCCAGACAGUGCCCUCCAGGGCGACCCUACCCCCAUCAGGACUGCGUCCCUUCUCUGGAGCCAGGCAGUCACUCCAAGGAUGGUGUUCACAGGGGUGCAUUGUUACCACCCCCCUUCCGAGUGGCUGAUUCCUACAGCAAUGGCUACAGAGAGCCCCCUGAGCCAGAUGGAUGGGCUGGAGGUCCGCGGGGGCUUCCUCCAACCCAGACCAAGUGCAAACAACCGAACUGCAGCUUCUAUGGACACCCUGAGACAAACAACUUCUGCUCCUGCUGUUACAGGGAAGAACUGAGGAGGAGGGAGCGUGAACCGGGUGGGGAGCUGCUGGUGCACAGGUUCUGAGUGGGAGAACCUUGGAGGGCACGGGGGCUAAACAAAGAGAGUUAAGCUCAACUAAUUGGCUCAUCAAGACCCAGCCCCCAUGCAGAUGGGGCAAAUGCAGUAAUGUUGGCAGGAGCCUGGCUAGAAACUUUUAAGUGUGUGUGCGCGCUAGAGAGCUGCCAGGCUGGCAAGAGCAGGUCCGGCCGAUGGUGCCUGAAGGGCUACACUAGUCCUUUGUCCAUCUUGAUGGGACCCAGGAGGUCCAAGGGGGGAAAGAUGGUGAUUCUGUCUCAUCACUGCUUGGGUACACCCAAGGACCUAAGGGAAAUGAGG